GGGCAACGCCAAGCCACGCACCGCGCCAUGGGGGCCGCGCCGGGCCGCCGGGGACCCGCGCCGCCGCCGGUGCUGCCGCUGCUGCCGCUGCUGCCGCUGCUGCUGCUGCUGCCGCCGCCCGCCGCCCCGGCGCUGGACCCCGGGCUGCUGCCCGGCAACUUUUCCGCCGACGAGGCCGGGGCGCAGCUCUUCGCGCAGAGCUACAACUCCAGCGCCGAGCAGGUGCACUUCCAGAGCACCGUCGCCAGCUGGGCGCACGACACCAACAUCACCGCCGAGAAUGCACAGCGCCAGGAAGAAGCAGCCCUGCUCAGCCAGGAGUUUACAGAGGCCUGGGGCCAGAAGGCCAAGGAGCUGUACGAGCCCAUCUGGCAGAACUUCACUGACCCAAAGCUGCGCAAAAUCAUCAGAGCUGUGUGCACCCUGGGCCCUGCCAACCUGCCCCUGGCCAAGCGACAGCAGUACCUCUCUCUGCUAAGCAACAUGAGCAGGAUCUACUCCACCACCAAGGUCUGCUUCCCCAACAAGACUGCCACCUGCUGGUCCCUGGACCCAGAGCUCACCAACAUCCUGGCUUCCUCAAGAAGCUACGCCAGGCUGCUGUUCGCCUGGGAGGGCUGGCACGACGCUGUGGGCAUCCCGCUGAAAGCCUUGUACCAGGACUUCUGCACCCUCAGCAACGAGGCCUACAGGCUGGAUGGGUUCUCAGACACAGGGGCCUACUGGCGCUCCUGGUACAGCUCACCCACCUUUGAGGAGGACCUGGAGCACCUCUACCAGCAGUUAGAGCCCCUCUACUUGAACCUCCACGCCUAUGUCCGCCGUGCACUGCACCGUCGAUAUGGGGACAGAUACGUCAACCUCAGGGGACCCAUCCCUGCUCAUCUGCUGGGAGACAUGUGGGCCCAGAGCUGGGACAAUCUCUACGACAUGGUGGUGCCUUACCCAGGCAAGGCCAACCUCGAUGUCACCAGUACUAUGGUGCAGCAGGGCUGGAACGUCACGCACAUGUUCCGGGUGGCGGAGGAAUUCUUCACCUCCCUGGGGCUGUCACCCAUGCCUCCUGAGUUUUGGGCCGAGUCGAUGCUGGAGAAGCCGGCCGACGGGCGGGAGGUGGUGUGCCACGCGUCGGCCUGGGACUUCUACAACAGGAAGGACUUCAGGAUCAAGCAGUGCACGCGGGUGACGAUGGACCAGCUGUCCACGGUGCACCACGAGAUGGGCCACGUGCAGUACUACCUGCAGUACAAGGACCAGCCCGUCUCCCUGCGCGAGGGUGCCAACCCUGGCUUUCACGAGGCCAUCGGGGACGUGCUAGCGCUCUCAGUCUCCACUCCUGCACAUCUGCACAAAAUUGGCCUGCUGGACCGUGUCACCAAUGACACAGAAAGCGACAUCAAUUACUUGCUAAAGAUGGCUCUGGAAAAGAUUGCCUUCCUGCCCUUUGGCUACUUGGUGGACCAGUGGCGCUGGGGAGUCUUCAGUGGGCGCACGCCUCCUUCCCGCUACAACUUUGACUGGUGGUAUCUCCGGACCAAGUAUCAGGGGAUCUGUCCUCCAGUUGUCCGAAACGAAACCCACUUUGAUGCUGGAGCUAAGUUUCAUGUCCCAAAUGUGACACCAUAUAUCAGGUACUUUGUGAGCUUCGUCCUGCAGUUCCAGUUCCAUCAAGCCCUGUGCAAGGAGGCAGGCCACCAGGGCCCCCUGCACCAGUGUGACAUCUACCAGUCCACCCAGGCGGGGGCCAAGCUCCAGGAGGUGCUGAAGGCGGGCUCAUCCCAGCCCUGGCAGGACGUGCUGAAGAAUAUGACCGGCUCUGACGCCCUGGACGCUCAGCCGCUGCUCGACUACUUCCAGCCGGUCAGCCAGUGGCUGCAGGAGCAGAACCAGCAGAACAACGAGGUCCUGGGCUGGCCAGAAUACCAGUGGCGCCCGCCGUUGCCUGACAACUACCCAGAGGGCAUUGACCUGGUGACCGACGAGGCUGAGGCCCGCAAGUUCGUGGAGGAAUAUGACCAGACGUCCCAGGUGGUGUGGAACGAGUACGCCGAGGCCAACUGGAACUACAACACCAACAUCACCACUGAGACCAGCGAGAUUCUGCUGCAGAAGAACAUGCAGACAGCCAACCACACCCUGCAGUGGGGCGUCCGGGCCAGGCAGUUUGAUGUGAACAACUUCCAGAACGCCACCACGAAGCGGAUCAUAAAGAAGGUUCAGGACCUGGAGCGGGCGGCGCUGCCAGCCCCAGAGCUGCAGGAGUACAACCGGAUCCUGAUGGAUAUGGAACACAAGUACAGCGUGGCCACUGUGUGCCACACCAAUGGCACUUGUCUGCAGCUGGAGCCAGAUCUGAUAAAUGUGAUGGCCACGUCCCGGAAGUAUGAAGAACUGUUAUGGGCCUGGAAGGGCUGGCGAGACAAGGUGGGGAAAGACGUUCUCCCUUUAUUCCCAAAAUAUGUGGAACUCACCAACAAGGCUGCCUGGCUCAACGGCUACACAGAUGGAGGGGACUCGUGGAGGUCUAUGUAUGAGACGCCAUCCCUGGAGCAAGACCUGGAGCAGCUCUACCAGCAGCUGCAGCCGCUGUACCUGAACCUGCACGCCUACGUGCGCCGGGCCCUGCACCGCCACUACGGGGCCCAGCACAUCAACCUGGAAGGCCCCAUCCCCGCUCAUCUGCUGGGGAACAUGUGGGCACAGACCUGGUCCAACAUCUAUGACUUAGUGGUGCCCUUCCCGUCGGCCCCCUCGUUGGACGCCACAGCGGCCAUGAUAAAGCAGGGCUGGACACCAAGGAGGAUGUUUGAGGAAGCCGACAAUUUCUUCACCUCCCUGGGGCUGCUGCCCGUGCCCCCCGAGUUCUGGAACAAGUCGAUGCUGGAGAAGCCCACUGACGGGCGGGAGGUGGUGUGCCACGCCUCGGCCUGGGACUUCUACAAUGGCAAGGACUUCCGGAUAAAGCAGUGCACCACCGUGAACAUGGAGGACCUGGUGGUGGCCCACCAUGAAAUGGGCCACAUCCAGUACUUCAUGCAGUACAAGGACCUGCCUGUGUCCUUGAGGGAGGGCGCCAACCCCGGCUUUCACGAGGCCAUUGGGGACGUCCUGGCCCUCUCAGUGUCUACGCCCAAGCACCUACACAGCAUCAACCUGCUGAGUAGCGAGGGUGGCGGCUACGAGCACGACAUCAACUUUCUGAUGAAGAUGGCACUCGACAAGAUCGCCUUUAUCCCCUUCAGCUACCUCGUGGACCAGUGGCGCUGGAGGGUCUUCGACGGGAGCAUCAGCCAGGAGAACUACAACCAGGAGUGGUGGAGCCUCAGGCUGAAGUACCAGGGUCUCUGUCCUCCAGUGCCCAGGUCUCAAGGUGACUUUGACCCAGGGGCCAAGUUCCACAUUCCUUCAAGUGUGCCUUACAUCAGGUACUUUGUCAGCUUCAUAAUCCAGUUCCAGUUCCACGAGGCGCUGUGCCAGGCAGCUGGCCACCAGGGCCCCCUGCACAAGUGUGACAUCUACCAGUCCAAGGCGGCGGGCCAGCGCCUGGCGGACACCAUGAAGCUGGGCUUCAGUAAGCCGUGGCCAGAAGCCAUGAAGCUGAUCACGGGCCAGCCCAACAUGUCUGCCUCCGCCAUGUUGAACUACUUCAAGCCGCUGCUGGACUGGCUCAUCACUGAGAACGGGCGGCACGGGGAGAAGCUGGGCUGGCCGCAGUACAACUGGACGCCAGACUCCGCUCGCGCAGAAGGCACUCAGCCAAACGCCGGCCGCGUCAACUUCCUGGGCCUGAACCUGGACGAGCAGCAGGCCCGUGUGGGCCAGUGGGUGCUGCUCUUCCUGGGCGUCGCCCUGCUGGUGGCCACCUUGGGCCUCACCCAGCGGCUCUUCAGCAUCCGCCAACACAGCCUCCACCGGCCCCACCGCAGGCCCCAGUUUGGCUCCGAGGUGGAGCUGAGACACUCCUGAGAUGGUCGGACUGGGCCAGCCAGGGAGCCUCCAGCCAAAGACUGGGACGGGCACAUGGGCAGUGGGCCGAGGGUGCACCCAGCCCACCCUCCUCCCGCCCCAUCCUCCUUCCCACUCUGUCCUUCAGACCACUAGCCCCCCAGCUCCUGCCCCCCUUUCUCCAGGCACACACAGGAGUGUCUCAGCACCACCCCCAGGUCUCUCUGUGAAUACAAUUAAAGGUCCUGCCCUACCCA